GGGCCUGGCGGGCGGCGAGGGCUGGGUUCCUCCCUCCCCCGCGGCGCUCCUCCUCAGCUGCUGCUGCCUCUCAGCCGGGAAGCAGCGACUCCGCGCUUACCACCCCUCCCCCAGACGGGGCCCCGGGGAGACAGACGUGGUUCCCGGGGGCCCCGAGUCCGAGGACAGUGACCGUCUCCUUCGUUCCAUGAUUUACGCCUUUUGCCUGGACUAGUCUCUGACCUGGGCAGGAUGCAGCUUCUUCCCUUCAAGCCCAGAGGCGCUUUUCGGCCCGCGAGGCGGACUGUGCCUCGCGCCUCGGGGGUUUCUUUCGGGGUGAGGGGGCCCGUGCAAGGGGCCUGCGUUCCCGCCCAUCCUGUCGCCAUGGCCUUUACUGGCUCUAGGGCAGAGGCAGACGUUCCAUCAGGACAUGUUGCUGUUCUGUGUGUAUUGCAUCCUGCCCACGUGGUAGGGCCCCCCACCCCCCAUUUUUGCAGCUAGUGGGGAGGGUGGUUAAACUAGGCGGGUUUUCCUCUGUGAUUUCCUCCUGAUAACGUGGAAGGUGUUAGGACCAGUUUGUUGUGCUGAUGCCAGCUGUUGGUUAGAUGGAAGAAGCAAGAGUUGUACUCCUUGAAAUUGAGACCAGUAGGGGAUAUAACAGGGCUUAGUUUCAUUGACAUCUUUUCUUCUCUCUUUAGCUGCUCUUGUUCUUUUUUCUGCUGUUUAAUCCUAGGGAGAGAGUUGGCGCUUGCUGCUGGUGCAUGGAGGUGUAUAGUUUUCACUUCUCCGCUCUACUUUUUGUGUGUGACUGGUGAAGGGUUUUCUGUCUUGCAUUGUGCAGUCCACGUCUGUUGGCAUCCUAGUUGGAUUCCUGAAUGAGCUGAGUUGGACUAGCCUGGGGGUUUGAGAUUGGUGGGCAUCUUUUUUUGUCCUUUCCUGACAUUUAUUUCUCUUUUUUCCGAUUUUGUUUUGUGGGGAAACAAGCACGCAUGUCAUAGGAGUGUUACAUCCAUAGCUCUUGUAAAGCCUCACUGGAUAGUUUGACUUAGUCACUUAUUUCAUGGAAGCACUUUUAUUUCAUUUUCCCUCUCUCUAUCAAAUAUCAUUACAUUCUGUAUUUUAUAAUUGGUUUGGAAACAUGUGCAUUGAGUAGUUUGUUUCUUAAUGUCUGUCACCUCCAGGUUAAGGAUUCCAUCUUCCUGUCUUUUGUGACCACAGAUUGCACUCUUAACAGGGAACAUGCCACAGUCGCAAUGAGAGAAGCCUUUAUUAUUCCUCCUAGACCUUAGCAAAUAUUUGUGGAAAAGGAGUAACUCCUCUCCCUUUUUCUGUUUGGAUGGCAUGUGUAGAUGUGAUUGAAUUUUUUAGUUUCUUAGAUAAACCUGAGGAUAUGUAUUUUUUUUUUUUUUUUUUUUUACUGGUUUUUAUGUGUCUUGGAGUUGAAAUAAAUCCUAUUCUUGGUUUUUUGCUGAUGAAGAUACAACGAAUCUCUCAAGCCUUUGUUAGAAAUUUUUUGGAUGGGACUAGAAAAAUCAUUGACAUCGAGUUGACUCCAACUUAGUGAUCCUAUAGGAUAGAGCAGAACUGCUCCAUAGGGUUUCCAAGGCUGUAAUGUUUACGGAAGCAGACCACCAUGUCUUUCUCCUGUGGAGUGGCUGAUGUAUUUGAACUGCCCACCUUUCUGUUAGCAGCUGAGCUCUUAACCACCGCUCUACUGGGGCUCCUUUGGAUGGGACCAGGACACAUUUAUUUUGGCUGUUUUUGGUUCGUUAGUUUGGAUGAAAUUAAGAAAUUUUUACUGUUUUGAGGUCAGUUGUUAGAUUCCAGAAUAGCCAGUGUUCUUACUGUUUUUCUACAUUGUGUAUUAUUUUUUGAGUAUAUUUUUGACAUUGAAUUUUUUCCUUACAUCUGGUGCAUUGUUAGUAAGUUUAGGAUUGUUGAGGUGGUAUUAGUGGAGGACUUGUCAAGGCUAGGAGAUUUAGUUUGGUAGAUUACCACAGUAUGUUCCACAGAAAGGGAGUAAAAUGAUGCACGAUGUUCCUGAAGAAGGGUUUGUAUCUGCUGAGUGUGCUGGAAGUGGGGAGACUGACUAGAAUGCUCUUGGAGAAUUUUAGUAAUAAGAUGUUGAUGGUCAGACAUAAGAUAGUAAUUGUGGGAAUAAAAGAGUAGCUAGUAUUUAUUGCAUGUUUACUGCAUGCCAGGCAUUGUUUUAAGCUCAUUAAAUCUUCAUGACAAGGUAUUGUCAUUGUUAUGAUGAAACUGAGUUAAAGAGAGGUUAAGCAGCUUGCCCAGAGUCCCACAGAGAGGAAACAGCAGAGUUAGGAUUUGAACCCUGACUAUCUGGUCUCUGACCCCAUGCAUUUAAACCAUUAUCUUAUAUUGUCCUAAGAGAGUAUAGACUAUACAAGGAAAUGUAUGUGGAAUAAAAAUUAAUUUGAACUGAGAGAAUUGAGUGUGGGGCAAAGGAAAGAAAGCAAAUAAACUGUUAAAAAAUUAAAGCCUAGAAUCCUGGGAGGAUGGCUGAGUCAUUGGUAAUAGUGAGGAAAUUAGGAAGGUAUCACUGUGAAGAAAAAUGAGCUAAGGUUGGUUAUGGCCAGUACUAGAUUGUGGACAACCAAUUUUUCAAUACCAGGCCAGUGUCCCCCUGCCACUCACUGUGUCCUGAUGGCCUUCUCUCCAUGCUGGUUUGGCUCUGGUAAUGCAGAUUAGCUCCUAAGCAAAACAAUUAGGAAAAGAGAUCUGUGGAGAAGAAAAAAAUGUAUACUACAUUCUAAAGCCACGUAGAAAUGGCAUUCUUCCACCCCCACCCCUGGGGGGGCGGGACCAGAAAACCAACCCCCUUGCUGUUCAGUCAAUUCUGACUUGUAGCAACCCUAUAGGACAGAGUAGAACUGCCCCAUAGGGUUUCCAAGGAGCGGCUGGUGGAUUCAAACUGCUGACCUUUUGGUUAGCAGCCAAACACUUACCCGCUGCACUUCCAGAGCUGCAGAAAUGGCAUAGGGAUUAUUUAUUUUGGUUGAGUCACAUCACUAAUUUCCAGCCUUAGCGAAGGUAAUCAAGAAUAGGCUAAAGUAGGAUUGAAGUAUCUGUGGUCCAUCACUAUAGGAUGAAUAGUCAGAGACAAAAUGUAGAUAUGCACUGACCAGGGCUAAUAUAUGGUAGUUAAACACGUGAGUAGAUGAGUGUUGCGAAGAAACUAGUAUAGUGGUAAAGAACUUUGAGGCUUGGAACCUUGGGUGACAUUAUAGGCUCUUGGGUGACAUUAUAGGCUAUUAGGUUAAAAAAAAAAAAAAAAAAAAAGGCGCUCUAAGAAGAACCAGGAAGUACAUCAAUGCCAUGGAAGCCAAGGGUAGGAAGAUUUUCUAGAAAUUAGGGUUAUUGACAGUAUCAGAUGUAAUCUGGAAGUUUAGAAACAAUGAUAAUGAUGAAAAGACUGUUCAGCUAGAACAGAAGGAGAUAAUUUGUAACCUUAGAGAGACUUGAAGGAUGUGAACAGAUGCCAGAUUUGUUUUCAGCAGGGUUUGUAGAGAGACAUGGUCUGAUGUGGCGAUUCUUAGUAUUCUCUUAAUUCUUUCUCCAGUCUCAUUCUUAUUCACGUGUUAGGCCUACUCAAACAUCAAGAGAACUCACUUUUUUUUUUUUUUUAAAGAAACUUGGGUUCUAAAGCCAGUGAUUUUUGUACUUUAACAGUUCUUAAAGCUUUCUUCUUACUCUUUUAAAAGCUUUAUUGAGAUAUACCCAAUAUAAUUCAUAUAUAAUUCAUUCAUUUAGUGUACAAUUUAAUGGUUUUGAGUAUAUUCGUAGAGUUGUGUAGUCAUCGCUACAGUAAUUGUUAGAACAUUUUCAUCAUCUUAGAAAGAAACCUUGUACCCAUUAACAGUUAUUCCCCAUUUACCUCCAGGUUCCCUUCCCCUAGCCCCAGGCAACCACUAACAUACUUACCAUCUCUGUACUUUUGUCUAUUUUGUACAUUACAUAUAAAUGGAAUUAUAUACCAUACGGUCUUUUGUGUCUGGCUUCUUUCAUUUAGCAAAAUGUUUUCCAGGGUCAUACAUGAUAUAGCCCGUCUCCGUACUUCAUUCCUUUUAUUGCCAAGUUUUAGUCCAUUGUAUGGAUAUAUCGAAUUUUAUUUUUCUGUUCAUCAGUUAAUAGACAUUUGAAUUAUUACUCUUUAUUUUUGUUGUAAUUUUGAUGAAGGUUUACAGACCAAAUUAUUUUGUCAUUAAACAGUUAAUGUACAUAUGGUUUAGUGACAUUGGUUGCUAACUCGCUGACAUGCCAACACUCCCCUUCUUGACCUUGGGUUCCCUAUUACCAGCUUUCCUGUCCUCACCUGCCUUUUGGUCCUUGGCCCUGGGCUGGUGUGCCCCUUUAGUCUCAUUUUGUUUUAUGGGUCUAUCUAAUCUUUGGCUGAAGGGUGAACCUCAAAAAUGACUUUAGUACUGAUUUAAAAGGGUAUCAGGGGCCAUACUCUCAGGGUUUCUCUAGUCUCUGUCAGACAGAUAAGCCUGGUCUUUUUUUUGUGAGUUACAGUUUUGUUCAUUUUUCUCCAGCUCUGUCCGGGACCCUCUAUUGUGAUCCCUGUCAGAGCAGUUGUUGGUGGUAGCCAGACACCAUCUACUUGUGCUGGACUCACUCUGGUGGAGGCUGUGAUAGUUGUGGCCCAUUAGUCCUUUGGACUAAUAUUUCCCUUGUGUCUUUGGUUUUUUUCAUUUUCCCUUGCUCCAGAUGGGGUAGGACCAUUAGAGUAUCUUAGAUGGCUGCUCACAAGCUUUUAAGAGCCCAGACACUACUCAUCAAAGUGGGAUGUAGAACAUUUUCUUCAUAAACUAUGUUAUGCCAGUUGAGCUAGAUGUCCCCCGAGACCCCCAAUCCUUAGCCCGGUAAUUCGGUCCCUUAAGAAGUUCAGAUGUGUGUAUGAAGCUUCUAUGAUGUUGCCUUGGUCAAGUAGUGCUGACUUCCCCAGUAUUGUGUACUGUCUUACCCUUCACCAAAGUUACCUCUUAUCUACUACCUAAUGUUCUUCCCUCCCCCCGCUUCCUAGUAACCAUCAAAGAUUUUUUCUUUCUGUGUGUAAACCUUUUCAUGAGUUUCUAUAAUAGUGGUCUCAUAUGGUAUUUGUCCUUUUGUGAUUGACCUUAUUUCACUCAGCAUAAUGCCCUCCAGAUUCGUCCGUGUUGUGAGAUGUUUCAGAUUCAUCAUUGUUCUUUAUUGUUUCGUAGUAUUCCAUUGUGUGUAUAUACCAUAGUUUGUUUAUCCAUUUAUCCGUUGAUGAACACUUAGGUUGUUGCAUCUUUUUGCUCUUGUGAAUAAUGCUGCAGUGAACAUGGGUGUGCCUAUGUCUGUUCGUGUGACCACUUUUAUUUCUCUAGGAUAUAUUCUGUAGGAGUAGGAUUGCUGGAUCGUAUGAUAUUUCCAUUUUCUAGCAUUUUAAGGAAGCGCCAUAUCGUUUUCCAAAAUGGUUGUACCAUUGUGCAUUCCCAUCAGCAGUGGCUAAGAGUUCUAAGCUCCCUGCAGCCUCUUCAACAUUUGUUAUCUUCUAUUUGUUUGAUUCGUGCCAGCAAUGUUGGGGUGAGAUGAUACCGCGUUUUUGUAUUUCUCUAAUGGCUAGUGAUAGUGAGCAUUUCCUUCUCCUGUCUUCUGUUAGGUGUCUUCUUUGGUGACAUGUCUGUUCAUAUCCUUUUCCAUUUUUUGAUUGAAUUAUUUGUCUUUUUGUUGUAGAGGUGUUGGAUUUUCGUAUAGAUUUUAGAGAUUAGACCUUUGUCGGAUUUGUCAUAGCCAAUUUUUUUUCCCCAGUCUUUCGGCUCUCUUUUUACCCUUUUGGUGAAGUCUUUUGAUGAGCGUGUUUAAUUUUUAGAAGAUCCCAGUUACUUAGCUUAUCUUGCGAUGUUUGUGUAUUGUUAGUUAUGGUUUGUAUCCCAUUUAUGACAUGUAUUAGGGCCUCUAGCAUUGACCCUGUGUUUUCUUCUAUUUAUAAUUUUUCAUUUUAUAUUUAGGUCUUUGAUCCAUUUUGAAUUAGUUUUUUGUGUAUGGUGUGAGGUAUAGGUCCUGUUUCUUUCUUUUUUUUUUUUUUAACAGAUGAACAUCCUGUUUUGCCAGCACCAUUUGUUAAAAAGACUGUCUUUUUUCCUCCCAUUUAAUGGACUUCGGGCCUUUGUUGAAGAUUAGGUGACUGUAGCUGGAUGCGUUUACAUCUGGGUUCUCAAUACUCUUCUCUUGGUCAACGUGUCUGUCAUUGUACCAGUACCAGGCUGUUUUGACUACCAUAGCUGUAUGGUAGGUUCUGGGGUCAGGUGGUGCGAGUUCUCUUUAUUCUUUUUCUUCAGUAGUGGUUAACUUAUCCGGGGCCUCUUUCUUUUCCAUGUAAAGUCAAUGAUUAGUUUUUCUAUUUCUUACAGUUUUAAAUUCUUCACCAUCUUCAUCUUAAUCCUUAUCCUGCCAACCCCACCCCUUCUCAUGUCUUUUCUUUGAGAUUAUAACCUCUGCCACACACUCUAGUAGGCAUUGGGGGUAUAAAGAUGAGUAAGACAUGGCCCUUGAACAUUCGUAUAGUGUUUUUAUGGUUUACACAUGUUUUCUCAUACUUUAUUUUAUUUAAUCUCACAGCAACUGUGUGGCAUAGGCAUAGUAUUUUUUAGCAUGAGCCAAGUUGAAAUUUUGAUUAGGUGAUUUGCCCAAGAUUGCAUACUUAAGUCAGUGGUGGAGUGGUUAGGUUGUCUUAUUCCUGUCCAUAGUUAUUUCCACUACUCCAUGCUAUUUCAGGAAACCCUUGUGGCAUAGUGGUUAAGAGCUGUGGCUUCUAACCAAAAGGUUGGCAGUUUGAAUCCAUCAGGUGCUCCUUGGAAACUCUUUGGGGCAGUUCUACUCCAUCCUGUAGGGUCGCCAUGAGUCGGAAUCGACUGGAUGGCAACAGGUUUGGUUUUUGGUUUGGGAUGGUAUCUCAAGUAAGGACAUGAAUAUGAACACUUGGUGGCGUAGUGGUUAAGAGCUACGGCUGCUAACCGAAAGGUCUGCAGUUCGACUCCACCAGGCGCUCCUUGGGAACUCUAUAGGGCGGUUCCGCUCUGUCCUGUAGGGUCACUGUGAGUCGAAAUCGACUCAGUGGAAGUGGGUUUGGUUUUGGUUUUUAUGCUGCUAUCCUAUCUUAAAAGGAUCUGCUGUACAUUCCUGGCAACUUAGAGGGACGGGGAAACUCCCUUACUUUGGGAAUCAUUGAUUUUUCAUGGUUAGUCUUCGGGGUUGAAAAUGAAAAGACUUUUCUUACCAGAUUCUAGUACUGGUUUGCUCUGUGUUUUAGGCAAGUUAUUUUAUAUUUCUGCCUUUUCUCUCAGAAGACUGUUGUCAGUUGCCAUUGUGUCGGCCCUGACUCAUAGCCACCCCAUGAGCAACAGAAGAAUGAAACAUUGCCCCGUCCUGUGCCAUCUUCAUGAUCAUUGAUUGUCUUUGUGGCCAGAUGGGUUUGUAUGGACAAGUUUGUCCAUCUGUAACUUCGUUAAGGAUGACAUCUGAACUGGAGAGCAGCCUAACAUCUAUGGACUGGUUACCACAGCUUACCAUGAGAGCAGCCAUCCAAAAAUCUGAUGCUACACAAAAUGCACACGGAACAGGGAUUUCCAAGAAGAGUGUUCUCCUUGACCCAAAUACAACCCUGGACCAGGAGGAAGUCCAACAGCACAAAGAUGGGAAACCUCCAUACAGUUACGCCAGCCUCAUUACAUUUGCAAUUAAUAGCUCACCCAAAAAGAAAAUGACUCUAAGUGAGAUUUACCAGUGGAUUUGUGAUAACUUCCCAUAUUAUAGAGAGGCUGGCAGUGGUUGGAAGAAUUCAAUACGACAUAAUCUGUCACUGAACAAGUGUUUCCUUAAAGUGCCUCGAUCCAAGGAUGACCCUGGAAAGGGGUCUUACUGGGCAAUAGACACCAAUCCGAAGGAAGAUGCGCUGCCUACUCGGCCAAAGAAGAGGGCACGAUCUGUAGAACGGGCCUCAACUCCAUAUAGCAUAGAUUCAGAUUCUUUGGGAAUGGAGUGUAUUAUUUCGGGAAGUGCCUCUCCAACUCUGGCAAUCAACACUGUGACUAACAAAGUAACGUUGUACAACACUGAUCAGGAUGGUAGUGAUAGCCCACGCAGUAGCCUUAACAACAGUCUCUCAGACCAGAGUUUGGCAUCUGUUAAUUUGAACAGUGUUGGAAGUGUGCAUAGUUAUACACCGGUGACCAGCCAUCCGGAACCAGUCGCUCAGUCGUUAACUCCUCAGCAGCAGCCACAGUAUAACCUACCAGAACGAGACAAACAACUGCUUUUCUCAGAAUAUAAUUUUGAAGAUCUCAGUGCCUCAUUUCGGAGCCUUUAUAAGUCAGUCUUUGAGCAGUCACUUAGUCAACAAGGUUUGAUGAGCAUCCCUUCUGAACCUUCCCAGCAGUCCCACACUUCGUGUUCCUAUCAGCAUUCUCCUAGCAGUACAGUGAGCUCUCACCCACACAGCAACCAAAGCAGCCUGUCCAACAGUCAUGGCACCGGCCUCAACACCACAGGCAGUAAUUCUGUUGCACAAGUCUCGCUGUCCCACCCACAGAUGCAUACACAGCCAUCUCCACAUCCGCCUCAUCGACCGCAUGGUUUACCACAGCAUCCGCAGCGUCCCCAGCACCCAGCACAGCACCCACAGCAACACAGCCAGCUCCAGUCCCCUCAUCCCCAGCACCCAUCUCCGCACCAACACCUACAGCACCAUCCGAACCAUCAGCAUCAGUCGUUAACACAUCAAGCGCCCCCACCCCCACAACAGGUAUCCUGUAAUUCUGGUGUUUCAAGUGAUUGGUAUGCAACACUUGAUAUGCUAAAAGAAAGCUGUCGAAUUGCCAGCAGUGUUAAUUGGUCAGAUGUAGACCUUUCACAGUUUCAAGGUUUGAUGGAGAGUAUGAGACAGGCAGAUCUCAAGAACUGGUCUUUAGAUCAGGUCCAAUUUGCUGAUCUCUGUUCUUCUCUUAAUCAGUUCUUUACACAAACUGGCCUUAUCCACUCACAGAGUAAUGUUCAGCAAAAUGUUUGUCAUGGUGCCAUGCAUCCAACAAAACCUUCCCAACACAUUGGAACAGGCAAUUUGUACAUAGACUCUAGGCAAAAUCUUCCUCCUUCAGUGAUGCCACCCCCUGGUUAUCCUCACAUGCCACAGACACUCAGCUCUCCAGGAACAACGAUUGCAGGCCACCAUGGAGCCAUGAACCAGCAGCACAUGAUGCCUUCCCAAGCCUUCCAGAUGCGGCGCUCCCUGCCUCCAGAUGACAUCCAGGAUGACUUUGAUUGGGAUUCGAUUGUGUAGGGCUUGUUUCUGCAAGGCACUAAACCCCAACGUCACCUUUCUGUGCAGUGAAGGGAAAGGUUUAAGAGAAUCCAGUUGAGAAAACGAAGUUGCUAAUUACUUUACCAAUGUUAUCAAAAUUUCUUUUGAAGACAAUCAAAAAGAUUUUAGCUGGUUAACUUAAUGCUUUAUCUGACCCAAACAAGUACUACAUGUUUGUCUCCCUGCCAGCUGCCCUGUGUAGCUCCUAACUGUUGUGUGAUUUGGACGGCUUUUGCAUAUUUGUGUCAGGUUGAUGUUGACCACAAGUGCCAGACUGAUUUUUCAGACAGAGCCUGUUUGCUGCAAGCAGUUUAUAGAUCCAUAUGUGUAAAUACAUGUACAAAAAUUACCGAAAGGCUUCAAUUCUUUUUUUUUUUU